AUGUUGCUGAAGCCCCUCACCAUCGCCGCGGCUGGUCUCGCGGCGACCACGCAGGCAUUCUUACUGCCUCCUGAGAUCAGCGCAGCCGACAUCGAUAUUAUCGAGACACUUCCUAUCGCAGCACCUACGACCGCAGAGAGUCAGGUUCUGAAGCUAGACUGCCCCAACUGCCCUCCUCUCUUCAAAUUCCACCACGGUGUCGCCAAGGUGCGGAAUGGCCCAAGCCACCUCGAGCUGGCCUUCACCGUCGACCACGAGCACAACGCCGACCGCCUGCUGCUCAACGGCUUCGAACUCUUCCCCAACUCAGACCCGUUCAACAAUGUCUUGACCGCAGCCCAGGUUCCGGACGCUCCGGAGUCUAAGAAGCACAGAAAAGAGCACAAGGACAAGGAGGGCAAGGCUCUCCAGAGCCAUCACAAAUGGCGACCACACAACAAGCCCCAGAACAUCGAGCAGCCUCUGGGCUUCAGCCUCGGGGUCCGCCCGGUUGCGAAGUCACCGCAGAGCGAGGAUGAUCAGCUGGAGUUCAUUUCCAUCGACCUGCAGAUCAUCGAGGUCGGCAACUCUUUCGUGGACGACAUCCCGAACAUUCACAUCAGCCUGCUCCGGGCUCCCGGUGAGAAGCUGAUGAUUGGCAAUAUCGAGACCACCGACUCUCAGUCUCCCAGCAACCCGAUGGACAAGCAGGAGGAGUGCACGACAUUCAUCUGCAAGUGGAAGGCGAUCCUCGCUGAUCACGUCAAGCCCAAGAAGCACUGUGGUGGCAUGAAGGGCCACCAUCACCACCAGGGCGCGCCCAUGUACCGCCAUCGCACUCACAGCUGGGGCAAGCUUUUCCAAAAGCUGACCCACCAUAUCGUGAUUCCCGUCCUCGUGGGCAUCGUUGCCGGCGUCAGCGUCAGCAUUAUCGGUAUGAUCGUUGGCACCCUCGUGGUUGGUCUCUGGCGCAAGUUCGUCCGUGGCCAGUCCUUCUUUGUCCAUGGUCACUGCCGCCGUCAUGCCCGUCACGCCGAGCACAAGGCUGCUCACAAGGAGGCGGUUGUCGAGGAGGAGAAGUCUGGCUUGAUGGAGCAUCAAGACCCACCUCCGUCAUACGAGGAUGAGGAGACUAAGAUUGAUGCUUAA